GGAGGUUGAGGCGCCGCCUUCACUGGUCGAUGCGGGGCGGCGGUGCCGUUGCCGUUGCCGGGCGGCCUCUCAUUUUACACUCGCCUUACUUUUGGAAUUGGCGAGUACUCCCCGCAAAAAUAAUAUCACCUCAUUACAGAGGACCGUUCCUGAAUAAAACAACAGUGUGUGUCGAGCCCAACUAGUGAACUGCAGCAAACCCGGAGCACGGGGCCUGCCAUCGCCACCUGCAAUAUCGAAGGGACGAGUUUUGGAACAAUUGAUAAAGGAGCCAAGAUUAAAUCGGCCGCCUCCAUUGUCGGAGUGAAGCUAAUCGUAAAUUGGAGGAACAGCAUCUCGUAUUUCGCUUGGGCAGCUUACAACCGAGUGUGUGAAGAUGUCAGAGCAGGAGCAGUUGCUGGAGGUUCUCAAGAAGGAGCUGCGGUCUCUGCUGAUAUCUGCCAAGAAUAGUUUGUCUCCUGCCGAGCUUGAAAAAGAUUAUCAGACAAUGAUGGGAAAGCGGCUGCCUUUGUGUGCUUUGGGUUACAGGUCUACUUUGGAGCUUGUAUCCAAUAUACCUGAUACAAUCAAAGUUCACUCGUGUGGAGAUGGCAGCAUUCUCUUGAAAGGUGUUGGUGACGAAACAACAAAAGGAAUUGAAGAGUUGGUAGCAAAAGCAAAGGUCUCCACCAAGACCAAACGUAACUUGAGAAAGACUAGAUAUGAACGGAAGCAGACUGCCCUGCCUAGAAGGUGCAAUACCAUCCCAGUUUUACCUGCUUUAGUGAAAUGUGAACUUCGAGAUCUGGUGGCAUCCUUUCCCUGUGGUGUCUUGCUGUCUGAUUUUGACAUGGCAUUUUUGAAAAAGUACGGAAGACCUUUUCAGUACACACGGUAUGGCUUUUACUCCUUGCAAGAAGUUCUUAAAGCAAUUUCGGAAGAUAUUGAGAUCCAACAAACACGCCAGGGUUCCCUCCUAUUGCUGAGAAACAGAAGCAGAGGAAGUCCUCUCGGGCACGGUAAAUCAUUCAACCAGUCCAUUCAGGCCAACCAAACCCAAUCAAAGGCGAUAACCAUGCAACCCAACCCCAACAAAUCACCUACAAAUAAACCUUUGAAUUGGGGAAGUAUGUCAGAAUCUGCUUCAGACACAGUGUAUUUUGACAGAGAUCUGAAAAAGCUUGUCGAAGAUUUGAGGACGGUGCUUGUAGACAAAGGGGUUGGAGGGACCAUGGAUUCAGAAGUGAAGAAAAACAUUAAAUUUACUGUAGCACAAAGACCUGGUGGAUUACUGGCAUCCCAGCUUCCCCUGGAAUACAAGAAUAUUUUUGGAAUGGACCUUCCCUUAAAGGAACUGGGUUUCUAUAAUGUGACUGAACUUGUUGGCGCCUUAAACGACAUCUUCCAUGUGGAACGUGACUGCAUAAAUCACGACUGGCGAGUCUUUGACAACAGGCAUUCCAGUUCACUUCAAAACCAAGAGGAAUCACAGUUCAACAAAACCAAUGAAUUGCCGUGUGCAGAUUGGAAAAAGCCCAUUAUUGAAGAAAGUAUGGAGCCUGAGAAGGACAUUGCUAUUAAAACAAUUAGGUUGGAAAAGCUCAAAGAGACUUGUUGUUCAUCAGAAUUUGAAAUUCCACCAGAUGCUGUACAGGAUGGAAUUCUCUACAAGCUACCAGAGCUGGAGGAAAACUCCUUUACAUGUGUGUUUGUAGAAAGUGUGACUUCACCCAGUCAAUUUUAUGUCCGUUCCUAUGGAGAAUGGACUGUGACGCUUGAAGAUCUGAUGAUUGAGAUAAGACGAUGCUAUUCGUUUGAGGAGGUUUCGGGACGCUAUGUGAUGCCAGAUUCAUUUAUUCAGCCAGGACAAGUGUGUUGUGUGCGGAAUCUUGAUGAUGUUUGGUGGUACCGUGUCAUUAUCCAUCAGGUGCUAGAUGAGAAACAGGUGGAGGUGUACUAUGUGGACUUUGGUGAUAUUUCUCUCGUAGAAAGAUCUGGACUGAGAUUCCUCAAAUGUUGUUAUUCAAAGCUUCCUGCCCAAGGAAUUCCCUCAACCCUUAUGUGGCUACAACCAGUUGAGGAUGAUUGGAGCACAGCUGCAAAAAGUCAGUUCCUGAGAUUUUGUGGGAAACAACCACUGGUGGCCUUGAUUUGUGGAUACGUUGAUGAUGUACUGCACCUUUUCCUUUGUGAUACGUCCACAGAUGAAGAUAUUUAUAUUAAUGAUGUUCUUACAAAAGCUGGCCAUGCUGUGCCUUGCCAUACAAACAACAUCACUAAGGGAUUUGGGCGAUUUAAUCCAACUGCCAGGUAUUUGAAAAAGGUGCCAUUAGAAAUGGAAUCUACAACAACAUUACUUGAAAGCAAACCUGAACGCUCCAUAGAAGAAAGCCACAAACAUUUUGACAUCUCAGCAAGUGGGAACAAUAAACAGGAUUUUGAAUUGCAAGCAUAUGAUUUACCACAUCGGGAACCAUAUCCAGACUGCUUUGUACCGACAGUUGGAAAUUUUCCCAAAACAUUGACAACACCUGCACUGGAAUCAGCUGAGGAAGUUGAAUGCAAUGAACCUUCAAUGCCUGAUGAGACAAAGAAGAAAAAACAAUGGGAAAAAGAAAAACAACAAGACCAGAGUUCAGAUGCAAAGUUAAAGUCACAAGAUGAUUUUUACAUCUCAUUAAUUGACUCCAAGCAAUCCGCAGAACAACCCUGUGUUGAGGUUCAAAAUGUGCAUGCCCAUCGAGAUAUUGCAGAUAAAUCUUUCAAGUCGGGGGAGGUUCAGCCCUGCAUAAAAACAGACACUGAGGAAGGUUUUGGUUACAUUUGUGAAAAGGAAUCCAUGCAGACUGCUACAGGAUUAUUGUUCAAUGAUGUCCAGAGGAAGUCUGCCCUGAUCUCGCCUGUGUUAUCAGGUCAGAGGGAAUUUCACUUGGCCGUCAGCUCUUCAUCUGCAGCGUUGGGUCCUUCUGCACGCAUGGCAGGAGCUCUUCACCACUUAACAUGGCUGCCCGUAAAGACCAAAAACUUCUAAUCUUCAAUUAAUAUAAAACAGAUUUACUACAUGAGGUGUGGAGAAAAGAGAAAUGCUGUCUGCAAACCACCAGCUUGCAGAGUGUCUUUCUAAACCUAGUUUUCUCCCCAAAGGACAUCUGUUGAACGUAAAUGACAGCAACAUAUGCUCAGUCAACAAAAAGUUUAUUUUCACCCGACAAAGAUAUCUGCAUGGAAGACAUUGGUGGUCUUGAUUCAGUAUCACGCAGGUUCUUGAUUAUUUUUGCUUUUCUUUGCAUGAAGCGCAGUGGUCAUGGGUAUAUUAGACUCUUUCACUGGGAGUUGGCCUAAUUUUUUGUGUCCACAUUUUUGGAGUGAAUUGAUACUACCCAUUGAGCCACAGACGAUACGUAUGUUCAUUUAUAAAGCUUUUUUUUUUUUCAAAUUCUAAGUGCUUCAGUUCCACAAAUUUGAGGUGUAACCAGAGUGGCAUGGUGGCGCAGCCCAUAGAGCUACUAUCUCACCGCUCCAGUGACCUGUAUUCAAUUGUAACUUUAAAUGCUAUCUAUGUGGACUAUGCACUUCUCUGUUUGAUUUCAUGGGUUACCUUUGGGCAUCUUCCUGUAUCCCAGACAAGCAAGUUGUUAAAUUAAUGGCCAUUGUAAAUUGUCCCUAGUAUGUUGAUGAAUGGUAGAAUCGAAGGGGAAUUAAGAGGAAUUUGAGAAUAAAAUAGAAUUAGUGUAAAUGUGUGCUUGAUGGUCAGCAUAGAUUCAGUGAGCUAAAGUGUCAUUUUCUAUGCUUAUUGCUUUGAUUACAUUAAUAGCACCUGAAAGGUGACCAGAUUUUUCAUUUCAAUUGUUGGUUGAGAAAGGAAUUUACAAAACCUGGUAUGGGACCUUUUAUGUUUCCAGUAAUACAAUAUUGAACACAUUUCAAUAGAUGUAAAGUUCUAUGUUUUAAAGAGGAUUUGAAAAUAUAUAAAUGAAAAUAUUUCUUAAAGAGGUGAUAACAUCCUCUGAAGCUUUGGUGCUCGAGCUUUUGCCAUUAUGUGGCAAGUGUAAGUGAUAUGGACCCUGGCCACAAGCCCAUUUUCCACUGGUUUCCUUGUAUUUCAAAUUGCUGAUUCAGAUAUUCGUGAUCUGACUGUAAUUUUAUUCUGCAGCAUUUAAAAUCAAUAUUUUCUGAACUGCCAGACCCACAAAAUCUAAAUGUGAAGCUGCAACUAAGCGUAAGUGGAUAUGGGAGUGAUCUGUGAUGCAGACUGAAUGCUCUCGCAUGGGCUGCAACAAAUGCAUAAUCGUCACAACCUCGACAAAUCUGGUGAUUUUAUAUGCUUUAGAAUGUUUUUCCUCUCCAAUGGUAGAAAGUAUGUAGGAUCUGUAGAGUGUUAAAGUGUAACGUGUGAUUAACAUUUUUUGAAAGGAUAUUUCACUGCAACAUCAGCAAAAUGUAUAAAAUUGAAGACAACAUUCAUUUUAUUAAUACUAUAAAUGUCUCAUUUUGUAUUAUGUUAGUCGUUCUCUGCCAGUCCACUAUCAGGAGAAUUAUGAAGAGUGACAGAGCUGAUAGACCAUUGUUGAUUGAUUUCUGCAGGAAAACCUGGCAUCAUUUGUUAAACGUUCUUGCAUGAAAAGUGUGAGGUAAUGAGCAUUGAAAGGAUAGAAAUUUGAGAGUUGUGAGGCUUGAAAUAAGAUGCAGCGAUGUUUUUAAAGCUGUAUUUCAUCAGCUAGGCUAAUUUUGUUACUCGUGACUAUCCAAUUACAUUACUAAUUUCAAUCAUUUUCUAUCAAAUGGGCAUCGUCUGGCCGCGCAGGACCAGUCCCACUGUGAAGCGCGGAGGAGUACGUAGUUAUGCGCGAUAUCGCGCGACGCUCCGAAAUUUUGUAGCAUACGGAAUCUUCGCGCACCAACGGCCUGUCGCGUAACUGACGGCCAAAUUGGGACAGGCCCAAGACACUGGCGUGACGCAACAUCUCUCCUCCAACAGCAGCAGAAGCAGGCAAACGAUCGUUGAGAUCGGCCUGGGGCUCAUGGCCGUUGUGGUCCGGAUCCGCCCCCACUUCUACUCCCAGAGCGGAGCCAAGAAAAUUGAAGAUAGACACAAAAUGCAGGAGUAAUUCAGCAGGACCGGCAGCAUUUCUGGAGAGAAUUAAUGGAUGACGUUUCGGGUCAAGACCCUUCUUUCAGACUGAAGAAGAGUCUCGACUCGAAACAUCCAUUCCUUCUCUCCAGAGAUGCUGCCGGUCCCGCUGAGUUACUCCUGCAUUUUGUGUCCAUCUUCAAAUGAUGUCACGCGCUCCAGACGGCUGCGUGGACGCAUGAAGUCGCGCCUCAACACGACCACGAGGUUGCAUAAUUAGCGUGCCAAGGACACGUAAGUGGGCCGGGCUUAACUCUCUUGAGAAUAUCCAGAGAAUCGGCCUCCACUGCCUUCUGAGGCAGAGAAUUCCACAGAUUCACAACUGUGUAUCUGCAUAUACCCAAAGAUUUUAGAUAUAGAGUAAAACACUUAUGCGAUUUAUAUGCAUAAAGUAACUACACUAUUUUAAAGCUCACAACUUGACACAUGCACAGAUAUUGCAGCUUCAUGUUCUGGAAAAUUCUGAUUGGGACUUUUUUUUACCUCCAGCCCCCUCCCCUGUCCCACGACCACCCUGUAACAUGAGGGUUGCCUGCAAUUGGUAUAUUUCAUAAAGAUCCUUUUGUUCACCACUUCAUGCAGUUGCAUUGUCUGAACAUUUUUCAGGUGAGGUGUAUGCAUUUGAAUCCUUAAUUGAUUUCAAUCUAGUUCUAGUGUUUGUAGCUGACAAUACAAGCUAUUCAAGGAUGGCAGUAAUUGAUGCUGAAUCAGGAUCUCAGGAUACAAUUGGUGUAGCAAAUAACACUGCUACUCUUAUAUGCGUAAUCAGCUCUUGAAAUGGCUACAUUGUUAAUGCAAAGCAGGCAUACUUCAAUUAGCAAUUCCUGAGUAAGAAACCUAAAAAUUGAAGUUACUUUUUACUCUUGAAAUUAUUUUCAAAUCAUUUGUUAUUAAUAAUUAUUUUUAAGACUUGUGUUACUGAAUUAAAUUAUUGGCCAGCAAUAUUGUUGGCCAGCAAUAUAAUAUUCUCUUGCAACCUUUUGAUUCAGUUGUAUAUAAGUGUUAUUUUGCAUUGGUUCUGUAAAAUAAGUACUUGGCUGGCAAUUGAAAAUUCUAUGCAGAAACGUAACUUCCAAAUAAAUCUCAUGAGUGUGUGUGUGCGCGCAUUUGUUUGUAUGCUACACUACCUUUUUCGACUUAUCUUAGAUCUGAAAAGUUAUUGACAGUGCAGUUACAUUCUUGUUUUUAAAUUUUAAUUUCCCUUCACCGGAAUACUGCCAUGUGAUAAAUCUUAGUAUUUAGCGUAGCCACAUUCAAUCAUUGUUAACAUUCACACAAACUACUGAAAUAGGCAUUCAUUGCUUUCGACUUUUGACAGCUUUAAGUCAAAGGAAGAGGGUGGGGUCCUAUCAAAAGCUGAAGGUGCGCACAAGUGGCCACCAUUAUUGCUGUAGAAAGGAAAAAAUAGAGGUUUAGUAUAAAGAUACUACAUGGAAUCACAUGCACAUCAACCAUCAAUCACCCGUUCAUUAUGUUACUCACGCUUUCUCACCCAUUCCUUACAUACGUUCUCCUGUGAUGACAUAGGUCCUCUGGUUUCCUCCCUCAUCACAAAGACGUACUGAUUUGUAGGUUAAUUAGCUUAGUAAAUGUAAAAAUUGUUCUUAGUGGGUGUA